CUUUUCAACAUGCUGUCGUGAGCAGGUCAGGGGAUUCCUGAAUCUUGCAAAGUAGGCUACAAAAGGAUGCCACAAGACCAAGAGGUAAAGCCUUGUGUCACUUGCAGUUCCUUGCAUCGUUACAGAGAUGAUGUCGUGUUUUCAGAGCUAUCAGGAAUCUUAUUAGGAAGGACUGAAAAUGCAAUACAAGCAUCACCAUGUCAGGGAGCAGAAGUACUUUAUCUGCACAGGUGUUAAUGCCAUUUUUAUUGCGUGUGUUCAUUUGGAAAGGAUUAAUUUAAGUACCUGUUUCCUCCCAAAUGCAUGUUCCUGCAACUUUUUGUAUGUGAAUAAUAAUUCCUCUGUUUUGUUUUUUUUUUAUUUAACUGCAGGUGUCUGUACUGUUUUCCUAAUGACCUCUUGUUUGUAGUUUUUCCUUAUUCCUAAAUCUGCAAAGUGUGUGUUAGCAUAGACACAACUGUAUGACACUGCCCUGAGCACAGAAUGCUUUGGUCCCCUGCAAGGCUGUUCCCUUAAGAUUUUUACAGUGUGUGAGUACAUCCACUCCUAUGUUGUUUGGAUUAUGUAUGAAGUGGCAGUGUCCUCUUUUUCCUUCUUUUGUUAGCAAAACUAGUUCUGGGUUGUUUUUUUUCCUUUCUUAUUGAUAUCUGGGCCUCAAAAAAAUCUACCAAAAGGAUAACCACCAAAUAAUGUGAGUAUUUAAUACUCAAAUAUGAAUGUUUUAAAGGGUUUUACGUGUUUGUUUAAGUAAGUUAGUGGGGAGGAUUUUAUUUUCCUUCCUGGGUAAUCACCUGUGGUUACACCUAGAGGUAGUCUGCCCCAGAACUUGGACUGUGACAGGAAUUCAGUGCUUUGGUGAUGAAAAGUGACUCAUUUUCUAAGCUCAAAGUAAUCAACAGCAUACUGCACCUAGGAGUUGCAUCCUAGCUUUGGUCACUGUAAGGGCAGGAUGCUUUGCUGCAUGAGGUUUUGGUCAGAUUGGAGAGCAAGCAGGGAACUGUGAGAGAGUAUGUGAAGUGUCUGUUCCCUUCUGAACAGUACACAGUGCUGUGCUCUGUGCUUUUGAAUUGCCAUCUCAAUUUUUAAUUUGGUGAAGCAGUAUCUCUACAGUAAAAAAGGAGACAGACUCUUUAGCGGGGUCUGUGGUGAUAGAACAAGGGGAAAUGGUUUGAGAGAGAGGAGAUUGAGGUUAGAUGUAACUGGAACAGAUUGCCCAGUGUUGUGGUUGAUGCCCUGCCCCUGGAGACUUUCGAGGCGAGGCUGGAUCAGGCCCUGGGCACCCUGAUCUGGCUGUAGUGUCCCUGUGCAUUGCAGGGGAGAUGGACUGGAUGGCCCUCAGAGGUCCCUUCCAACUCUAAGGAUUCUGUGAUCCUAUUCUAUGUAGAGGCCAGAAAAGCAAGACUCCUGCUGGGAGCUUUUUGUUGCCACCUCCUGCAACUGUGCAUUGAUUAUCACCCAAGUUUGGAGCCUGUCCGCUGUCUUUCAGGUCUGAUCACAGCCAAAGGUGUUCAUGAUGCCCACCACAAACCCCAGGGCUCAGGACUGGUGAUGCAGUUUCUCCAUGCAGGAUAAACGUUGCCUCAGCAGUGCUGGGACUGCAGUGGUGUGACCAGGCUGUGUCCAGCCCCGCGCAGUCUUGACAUGGAGAAUUUCUUGACCACUGAUGACUUCCAGUUCUGAGGUCUGUGCUUUGGGCUUUGUAGCUCAAAUAAACAUCUGUGCUUCGUGAAGGGGAAGGGAGACACUGUGAGAAUAGAUAUGGAUAUGUGUCUGCAUAGCUGCUUGUGAUUCUUGCACAUGCUACACUGCCUAUGCCUUGAGCUUGACUUUCAGCUGUGGGUGGUUCAUUAGCAAGGGAGACUUUGCUAGUGCAGUGGUUUGGGAUUUAAAAAUCCCUUACACUGUUAGGCCCCUUUAGAGCUAAUGGAGCCUGACGGGUCUGGGAAGCAGGACUUGUACUUCAUGACAUGCCUAACAUUCCUCUCUCUUGUGUGGGUCAGGAGGUGGCUGCCAAUCCUUCUGGUUUUUAGGAUUGGGGAGUGUUUCUCAGCCAGAAAGGUUCAGCUGUUAGCUGGACCCUACCAGAAGGCUGCAGUGAGGUCUUCUCUUGGCUGAACAAGCCCAGCUCCCUCAGCCUGUCUCCACAGCAGAGAUGCUCUAGCUCUCUCAUCAUCCUCAUAGCCCUCCUCUGGAUCCACUCCGUGUUUAUAGUGCACUGCAGGUGGGGUUACUGGUGUCAGAACUUACAUGUGAUUUGUCUCACUCACUCAUGAACUAGGAGUCCUUCAGUCUUAAACUCUGCACUUUAGCUACAGGAACACCUCUUCCAUCCACUAAAGGCCCUCUGGUUUCUCACCCAGCAUGAAGGUAGAUGCUCUGGAUAGCAGACUUUGCAUGCUCCUUUUCCCCCAAAAUGUCAGUCCUCAUUGGCACUUUCCAAGUGCAGUUUCUCUAACUCAACCUGCUUGAUCAGUGGCAGAAUUUCAGUCUAUUUUUGGCUCUGUUGGCAUACUGUCCUGCUUGGAAGUACACAGAUGUGUAAUUAAGUUUUGCAAAUGAAUGGCUCUUGCCAGAUCUGGCACUCAAAUGCUUGUGUUUCAGGCUUUGUGGUAAAUGCUCGGUGGUUUGACUGUUUCCAAAUGUGAACUUCAGGCUGCCUGCUGAUUCAGGAAGACAGUGCUACCAUUGCUCACGUCUCAUUAUCCUCACCACCCUGGGAAAAAGGAACACCAGCAGUGUUGUUAUUCAGCUUGGAAGUCUGGAAUUUCUGCUCACUUGUGUGUAAUGUAGGAUACCCCAUCUCCAAUGGAGCUGUGGAGCACACAUCCCUGAGUCAGAUUUGGGUUUUUCUCCAUUGACCUGCUUGCCUGAUCUUGCUAUAGCUACCUCUGGUUUGUCUCAGCAGUGCUGUGUUGCCAUGCUGCAGAUCUGAAGACCAGAUGGAAACUCCUUUUGGCACAGAGUGCUUGCUAAGCUGGGAGGACUGAGAGAGGGACACGUUGUUGCUUCCUCCAUAGCAUGCUCUUUCUUUCAGCUGUCUCCUUGCUGCAAUUUGCUGUAUAGGAUUUGUUCCUCCAUGAAGUCAGAACAGUUGUGAGGCCUCAAAGAUGCUCUCUUGCCUCUUGGCUUACUUCCCUUGAGCACGUCUUGAAACAUAAGAGGUAAAAAUGCCAAUUACUUUUAAAUGCAUUAGAAUUGCAAAGCUCUGGUAUCCUGUGUCUGUAGAGCAAAGCCUGGCAUUUGUGAAAUCAGCCAACCUGUACAUGAUUGAGGGGAUGCAGCCCACUGAAAGCUAAUUGAAAAUUAGCUCCUAAGCAGCUUCACUGCAAAAAUUAGGAAGAAUCAGUGCUUUUAUUUCUCCUCAGCAAGUGCGAAGGUGAGUGCAUCUAGUAUUCCUAGUGGAUUUGGUUGCUGCUGGACAUGGAGCGAUCUCCAGCUCUCAGGAAGCCCCCCACGGUGCCCAGAGAGCUGCCCACCUGGCCAAGGCACUCCUCUUCUAACACAUUUCCUGCCCUGUUUGGUGAGAAAAUAUGAAAGAAAUAACGUAUCCGUUUUCCAGCGAGAAAUUUAAUUAGAAGGAAUUAAAAGGUGUAGUUUAUAGUUUAAUUUAACGCGAUGAAAAAAAGGAUUGGUUUCCUCCCCCUACUGCCCAAAUCCCAAGCUGAGUCGAUGGCAGCCAGGCCUCGAAUUGCAUCCGACGGCCACAGAAGUGAAAUGCUUACCAAGAAGAAAAGAGAGAGAGCUUCCACUUCAGAUUUAUGACUUGUGAAGCAGAGGUUGCACGGGUUAGCGUUAAUUUAUGUCGCACCGUGUCCCACAGACUUGACUUUGUUGUGUGCCCGGGAAUGGGCUGAAAAACUGAUUUUGUUGGCUGCUUUUACAGGUCACAUGCGUGCUUUAGGUUCUAUUUUGGGCCACUGAGGCUCUCGGUUUUGUAUACACAGUGAAAUGUGUGUUCAGACAUGGGGAGUGUGUGCCUGUCCCUGCGAGGCAGGGUUCUCCCGCCCAGGUCGUUUCCCCUUUUUGGUGUUUGUUUGGAUUGUGGCAGCAGUCGAGGAGCAUCAGGAAGAAAAUGAAUGCGUGGGGCCUGUUGGUACUGUAGAGUUUUCCCCCUGGUUGAAGUCAGUUCAGCAGCAAAUUCUGGUGCUGGGCUCUGUAGGGGAGCCCCUCUGCAUGGUGGCCCUCCCUCAAGCGCUUCUGUCACGACUUUUCCAAAGCCACCACUUGCUGUUGAGGUUGAGAACCCAGAUGUGGUUUCUUAAGGAUCUCUCAGCCUCACGGUAGGCUGAUGCAGAGCAGCUUUCCUCACACUCACAGUUCCAGUGUCUUCAUCCAAAAGAAACCUUUGGGGAAUGCUUACACAUCUUGGGCCUUUAGCAGAGCCAUUGAGUAGCAGUAAUAGUUGAGCUGAUUAUUUCUCUUCGAGGUGAGAGGUGGGGAAGCCAGGGCCAGUGCACUCACCUUCCUGAGCUUCUGCCAUCUGACAGAAGAGCCCCUUCCAGUCAACCAGGUACAAAUGGGAAGGACUUUUAUGAAUUUAAUGGAAAAAGGCAUAUUUUAACAGAGCUCUUUCUGUUUCAGAAGGCUGACUUGGUCUAAAAGGAAAUGGAUGGGAAAUGGUAAAGGCAAGCAGCGUGAAGGAGCUGCACAGUAUCUCUCAAUUCCUGGGCUGGCAGCCUAGCCACAGGGACGACUUUCUGGCUAGCAGCUUUACGUUGGAUUAGAGGUGCUUAAUUUCUUCUGUGCUUUCAGGUUUCUCUGUUUUUGGAACAGUGUCUGCUGGUGCUGGAGACCAAGAGUCGGCUGUGCUUGGGAGGAGCUGGGGAUACACAGUGCAGAGCAGAGCUGUCUGCGAAGGAGGAGCUGUUUGGAUAAGAAACAGUUGCUUUGAGCAGGAGAUUCAGAGCGGCUCUGGCUUUAUGCUAGAGAGAAAGGAAGUCUACCUGUCCAAUUUAAAUAAUCUCGGUGGUAUUUGCAGCGCACGUUACAAAGCCAGAAGCUGGAAUCAACCUGAGGUAAGUCCUGAGUCAGCAUCAGUGCGUGGAGCACAGGGACAGGUAAGAACCAGAAGCAACUCUGACAGCUUGUGAGUGAGCAGCCAUGCUGGGAGUCCUCCUCACACUCUCCUGUGGGCAGACAAGAACCCUUUAACCGUUUGCACUAUUCUUUAUUUCUUUAUUUAUUUUUCUGCAGAGACAGUAGUGGCAAGAGAGCCUGAGAUGCUUCUCUCUGCAGCAACUCAAGUUGGUCCACUGACCAUCACAGUAAUGCUUCACUUUAAUGUAGCUGCUGUAAGCAGAGAUGGGAAAGAAAGGAAAGAGCUGCUCUGAUAAGUAAUGUCUAAGGAUUAAGUGGUUUCACAUGUAUAUUGACCUGAAAAUAACUGUUACAAUUGAGCAUUUUAACUUUAUGCCAACAUGUCAGAAAUAGCUGAAGACCUUGUCACCUCAAGACUUUAUCACUCCCAAGACCGUGGGACUUGGGAAAGUCCCAAGACAUACUGAUAAAUGAUGGCUCUGCCUUUAGGAAAACUGUAAAGCUAUGGGCAAGGGUGAGAUUGGGAAGCUCUUCACAGGCAUAUCUAACUCCAGCCUCUACUGGAGCAAGCUGAGACCUCAUUUCUCCUGGCAUUGUUUUUAUAGCCACUUUGGUUCAUGGCCACCCAUAACCCUAUGCUGACCAGCUUACUGCUUAGCACAACGAGCACAUCUACACUACUCAAGUUGUUCAAGGCCAGGUUGGAUGGGGCUCUGGGCAGCCUGGUGUAGUAUUAGAUAUGGAGGUUGGUGGCCCUGCAUGCGGUUGGAGCUUGAUGAUCACUGAGGUCCCUUCCAACCCAAGCCACUCUGUGAUCCUUCAGGUUUCUUAUGACUCAUGCCUGCCUCUUUGUGCACUGAGGUUUGGGAGAAGGACAGAGAGGGCAGGAAAGAAAAAAUGUUGCUCCCUUUUUAUUUGCUAGUAAAGAUCUGGAAUUCUUUGGCAGCUGAUGUGGAAGUGGUAUUUCUUUCAAGAAGUCUUGUGUUAUAUUUCACUGUACAACCCAGUUGUGUUUGGUCUUUGCUCUGCAAUUCUUGCAGGAGGGAUUUUCUUCCUGUCGUCUGCUAGUUUUACUCUCCUGUGCUCCCUUCUUGCAGGCCAUUCUCUUCCAUGAAUGUUACUCUCAGAGAAGGGAGGAGAAGAGGGCUGCAAGGAGGGAUAGCUAUUGUUUAGCUUGGCCAAAGAUGCACAGCCCUUUCCAGGGUGUGCAGCUUGAUGUAGCAGGAAGGUUUAUUUUUUCUGGUCACGCUCAGAGUUUUAUUCAUGCUUCUUGUUGCUCCUGGCAAGGCAGGAACUGAACAAAAGUACCUCUCUAUCUCAGCAUGCUGGGCCUUCACUAGUCCAAACAAAAGGAUCCUGACAGGCAAAGGGACAGCUGCACCAAGAGACUGACAUUUAAAGUGCCUGAUCCCGAGCAACCUGGAUGCAGUGAAGUGGCUGAGCAGAAAAGAGCCAGGCAGGAUUUUUUGACAGCAGCAGGUUUUCAGCAUUACGGCUGUGGCCACACUCAAAUGGCAUGGGAGAAGGCAGAGGAGAGCAGGGAUGCCCUCUGGGUGGCCUCAGCAUCCUGUGGGGUCCUGGUAGCUGCAGGGGCAGCUCGGCUGAGGAGCGGCUUGUGCCUGAGGCCAGCCUCGCAGCCAGGAGGAAUUCACGGCCCCACACAGUGGCUGUGGUUUGCAUGUAGGCCUGUGCUGAUCAGGGAGGAAGGAGUGGUGUUCUCCAGUUUUAGUGCUCCCUGGGUCUCAGCUUUUCAUUCCUGUCCACAGAAGUGUCAAGAAAGGGCUGGUUUUAUGUUUAACUCUGUUAGACCAAGGGCUGUAAACUCAAAACCCAUGUUAAUAGGAUACUUGUCUUUAGGAGCCAAGCGGAGGGUGAGAGACCAGGGUCUCUUGCAGCUAAAUACUGUUCUAUUGUGCUGUGUUUUAUAUCUGCUGGUAGGAGCGAUCAGAAGCUGUGUGGGAACGCGUGUUAAAUGUGUUAUUACGUUAAAAUGUCACUUUCUCAAGUAUCAUGUGCUGUAUUUGCACGGGGCUUGCGGGCUCGCAGUAUGCAACUGAGGAGAGCAACUGGAGCGCAACAGGAUCACCCGAAGGCAUCCAGCUGCCUCCAAUGCGAGGCCACGGUGGGGAGACAGCAGCCCAAAAAGGAAAGGAGCAUGAACCUCCUCUGCAGGCCUCGGCCUCCAUGUCUGCUGCCAUCCAAGCCCUGCAACGGGGUGGCUUUGUGGCCACGUGGAGCCGGGUCCCAGCCACCUGCUGGCACUUGUGCAGAAACAGCCAGGGGGAGUGGGAGGCUUCAUCGCACUGUUAAAAGGCCACACUGACUUUGGCAAGCGUUGGGUUAUUAAGUGCGGAUUUCAGUGUCCCAUUAAGGAUGAAAUUUGCUGAGAGGUGGGUUGUGGGAGGUGUCUGCUGGCUGCUGGCGUUCGCUUCCAGCUCGCUCUCAUAGCCUGCUCAGAAAAUUGGUCCUUAGGUGUUUUGUGCAAGUGCAAAGCGCCCUUUCUCGUGUCCAAUAUUUAAGUUGCAUUCCUGCUGUCUCUGCCUCCCUUACUUUGGACACCCAUAACUCUGUAUACUUACAGUAUUUGCUCUGGCUGUCUCCUGGAGCUUGGCUUUCUUUUUGACACCCUUUCUCAUUGUUGAAGCUGCAGACAUAACUGGGAAAGCCACAAGGGCAAGCAGGCAUUUUUGUUGGACAAGAAGCUCAACUUCUGAUUCAACAGCUCAGUGACAGUCCUGUUUCUUGCGCUGAAGUUUCCAGGUGGUAAAGACCACUGUGAGAUUGUCAUACUGCUGCAGCUCUUUAACAAGUGUCCUCUUCUGAGCUGCCUUCUCCAAAGCUUUGGGAGAUGGAAACAGACACUCCAAGUGUGUUUCCAGGCUCAAAAGCAGGCAUUAAUCAGCACUGACACAUACAUUUGUAUGUAAUUGGCUCUCAUUCCUGUGUAGGCCAUUGGCUUAGAAGCCUUGAGGCUUUUUUUGCUGUAAUAAAGGAAAAAAAAAGAAAGAAGGUGUUGGACAUGACACUGGGUUUUGUCUGGCCGGGCAGAUAAACAGUUCUGCUAAAAUCCAAAAAAGCAGGCAAGCAAAAUCUCAGGAUUUGAACGGGAGUCUUAGCACUGGACUCAAAGGAGGAAAUGCUGAAGUGGUUCUAGGUUGGAGGCUGUUCAAUGACCCCAGCCUUGCACAACAGAAAAGGCAUCAAAAUAGCAAAGCUGCUUGAAAAGGAGAUGGUGGAAAACUGCUGUUGAGUCACAGGACUCGAGGCAUCAUCUAGCAGACUGGCUAAGCUGCUUAUUAAUUGUUGAGUGCAGCUUUUGCAGUUAGCUAGAAGGCAGAGUGCCCCAGAGAGCCUCACAGUUGAAGGAGAGAUGGUCAGACAGGUUGGGCUGAGGCUCAGGAGCCUUACAUAUAGCCCAUCUCUGUGUCCCAGUCUCAGCCUCUCCAUUCCUCAUAUACAACGGUGGUAACAGAUCUCCUUUUCUCCCAUGCCCCUUUCUCCUAUCUUCUUGCAGCUGCAGACUGGACAUCUGGGCUUCCAAGCCAGGGCUCAAAAUGAGAAGAGUCUUGUGCCACCAGAAAUUCAUCUGUGGAGGCGAUGAGCGAGACAGCUCUCCUGGAAAGCCUUCACAGGACAGAAGGAGCAAUAAUUUGGAGGCAGCUUUGGGAUUGGGACUGUUCUCUUUGCCAUGUCUGAGGCCCCAGAGGCAGCUUGGAACCAGAGUGCUCUGGUAAUAGAAAUGAGGACAGAUUCAAAUAAGACAAGUGAUAUGUUACCUUUAACACUGGGGAAAACAGAAAUGGCUCAGCAAAGCUGAGACAACAUUUCUGGAGCAAAGCAAGGUUUUUUUAAACAAUUUCCUGAUUACUUUGACUGCUUGAUCUUACAGCACGAGUAUUGCCCUGAUGUUAUUUUUUUGCAUUUCAUUUCCUAAGACGUCCUGAAGAGCAGGGAGUGAAAACUAAAAUAAAACUUGGCAUGUAUUUUACAAGCUGUGCUGGCUUCUCCCAGAGUCCCCAUCAACCCUUUGAACCACAGCUGCUCAGAUAGCUGAGGUCACUGGAAAGGCUCCUACUGACUUCUUAUGGGCUGGAUUUGAAACUCCUGCAGUGGUGUAGUUGCAAGCUUGCCCAAAAGACCAUUUUGAUAGAAAAGCUCCCACAGGCUGCAGUAGAUGUCAGGCAAGGCCUGGAAAGGAUGGUCAGUUGUCUUCUAAGAGUGCUUGCAGCAGCUCCCAAGCUUUGCUUUGUCCUUCAAGCUCAACAUGAAGAAAUGUGGUUAGAAUUUUUUAUUUUUUUAUUUUUUAAUGGGGAAAGUUGCUUGCCUCAGGCCAAGCAGAAAAAAUGUGGAAUGGAUUUGGAUCAAACUUUUUUUUUUUUUUUAACUUUUGGAAUUUUAUUUAAAGAAAUAAUAGUGCCUUGGGCAAGAGCUGAAGCAUGGAAAAAUUUAUCCCAAAAGGUGGAUGCUUUGUGAAAUUAUAAGCGUGUGAAAACAGGUGGUUAAACUGAAAUGGUUUUACAGAUUGAAGUACAGAAGGUGCUACCAAAAACCUGUUAUAAAUCCUGAAUUGAACUCUUCUUGAAAGGCCGAGGUAGAAGAACAGGCCAUCAGCAAGUAACCUGAACCACUACCAAACCCACAGGCGACUCAAGAACCAGUAAAGACGCCAAGCAAAAUGAGAAGAGGCUUUCUGAAAGGUCAGUAAGGGAGCCAAGUCCAGGCCCAGGCUUCAGUAUAUAAACUCAGUCUCAAAAACUACACCCUAGUGACCGACGUCUGGCUGGGACAAAUUUUACAUACAGCACCUGAUCCAAAGUCAGUGGCAAGUGCUUUGCGAUCUCCUCAGCGUUGGAUCGGGGCUUUAAACGUGCAGCCAGGAAGAAAAACAUAUAAGCACUGUGUUUCAGCACGCUGAAGGGUAGACAAAGAGCAAGAGCCAAAAUCACAGUGCCUUUUGCCGGGAGAAGUGGUGGACGUAUUGCUGAGGGUGGAAACACUGAGAGGAGCCCUGUCUGUUCUAUUCUUGGUCUGCACAGUAGUUGACUGAAUGGUUUCCAAGCACAACGUGAGGCUCUCACUGUCCUCUUUACUAUGAACCAAGUUCCUACUGGAGCCCAGCACCUCAGGAGCACGUCUUCUGGACAGAUUCACCUAAAAUAAAUAAGAAAAUUCAAUUAGUGAAAUGUUACGUGAGUGAAAGCUCCUUUCUCUUCAGAUGAACAUGCCUCUGUGUGUGUGUGCAUGUAUGUUCCAAAGGAUGCUUGACUCCAUAGUCUAUACUGGGACACUGUCUAUUGCUCUGUCUGUUCUUCACAUGUCCUAGCAGAAAUGAAGGCCAUCCCCAUUUAUGCCUGACUCCCCUGAGCUCAGCUUUGUCUCAGUGAGGUCCUUUCGGAGGGCACAGCAGCCAGGGGCAGUGGGGCUCCAGCCCCACACUUUGCUCCCAGCUCCGUUAUUAAUGUGUGUUGGUGCAGUGCUUUCAGGCUCGCCAGGUCGCCAGGAAUGAGCUGAUUGCUGUUGUGUUACUAAAAUGUAAGUGUGAUUAUGAAGUGUUAUGAUAUAUGGUCUGCAGAGUUUUACAGCUGUGUCUUAAAAGGCUCAUAACAUGAGGGGGAAAAAAAAAGAGUGGGAAGGGGAGGGCUUAAACUAGAAGACAGAAAUACAGUCAAAUUAAGGAGUACAAUGGCAUUGCUAAUUAAAACCCCUUGGAGAGAAGGGAGGAAGGAAAUGACCUAACUCCCAGGGCUGACACAGGGUGGUUAUUGCCCAGGGACAAAGUGAAGGAAAGGCAAGCCAGAGGCUGGAGGUGAGACCUGGGUGAUAGGAGAUAAGGCCUUAAGCUCUUUUUCCACUGCCAUAGAGAAAGAUAGAACCAACCACGGAGACUUCACCAGUUGUCCAAACCCUUUGGUGCGUGGAAAGCAGUAAUGAGGACUUCAACCAAGGCAGAGAGUUGCAACCUCAGUGCCAGCUGUGUGCACCUCACUUUGGUACAGAAUAGUGUGCUGGCAUCUUCCUGGAAUGACAGUGUGCUCCAUGAGAGCCUUGCAAGGGCUUCCACCAGACCUUGUGUACAGACAGGGUUACCAAAUUACAGAUUGUUUUGCUGUGUAGCAGUGGAAAAAGAGUUUGGAAAGACAAUUCAUGAAAAAAUUCAUAAAUGAACAUGAUGCUCAUCAAAGCCAAACCUGGACAGUUGUUUUCAUCAGUACGAAAGAAGUUUAAGUUUGCCUUUUUCCUGAAGUAAGUUGUUUUUCUAUGCACUCGUGAGAUAAAAAUAAUCUGAAUUUGUCCUGUUGUCUUAUCCUUUCUUCAGAUAUCCUCAACAGAAGUGCAGGACCCUAUGACUGUGCUUUGAGCCCUACAACUUUGUCUUCUGUCCCUUCAAAGCAGGAUGAGUCUUGAGGUCUCCUCACCAGCCUCUCCAAGCAGGACCUUAUUCUGCCACCUGAUAUCAGAGCAGCACCUCUCAUUCCAGGCAACAGUGGCACAUCACCUGUUGGGCAAGAAUGGCUGCGUUCUGUGUCUUUCUCAGUCGGAGCAGAGAGAUGUUUCUAAUGCAACACCAGUGCUGGACCCCUUUGCAAAGGGCCAGGUCGGAAUCUGAAGGAGUGGCUGCGGGAGCAGUUCUGCGACCACCCCCUGGAGCACUGCGAGGACACCCGGCUCCACGAUGCAGCCUACGUGGGGGAUCUGCCCACGUUGAAGAGCUUGCUGGAGGAGGAGAGCUUCCAGAGAAAGGGGCUGAGAUCGACCUGGUGGAUGUGAAGGGGCAGACCGCCCUCUACGUGGCUGUGGUCAACGGGCACCUCGAGUGUGCCAAGAUCCUGCUGGAAGCUGGAGCCGACCCCAACGGCAGCCGGCACCAUCGCAGCACACCUGUCUACCAUGCAGCGCGUGUGGGCCGAGCCGACAUCCUCCAGGAGCUGAUCAGAUAUGGUGCAGAUGUGGAUGUGAAUCACCACCUCGCUUCUCGGGUCUCCAGCCCCUCCUUGCGACCCCUCACCACACUUGUGGUCUGUCCACUAUACAUCAGUGCUGCCUACCACAACCUUCAGUGCUUCCGGCUGCUGCUCCAGGCUGGAGCCAACCCAGAUUUUAAUUGCCGUGGGCCGAUCAACAUCCAAGGCUUCUCUCGGGGCUCACCGGUGUGUGUGAUGGAUGCUGUCCUGCGGCACGGCUGUGAUGCGGCGUUCAUCCACCUCUUGAUUGACUUUGGAGCCAACCUGAACCUGGUGAAGGUGGAGGCCUUGGAAUUUGACUCCACGGGGAGGGUCAAAGUCAACCCUGAGGCUCUGCAAGUCUUCAAAGAAGCACGAGGCCGCGCCCGGAGCCUGUUGUCUCUCUGCCGCAUAGCUGUACGAAGAAUACUUGGCAAAUCUCGUCUGGAUCGGAUCCAUAUCCUUCCAGUCCCAGACCCCAUUAAACAAUUUUUACUUCAUGAGCACAGUUAAAGGGCAACCGGCUGCUUUCUGGGACAGUUUGAUUUGCUAAACGAGUGAGUUGACAAAGCCAGGUGCCAGUUCUUUGCCCCCAGAAAAAUACUGGUUUGCUCAUGGAAUGCACAUAAUUCCCUGCCCCUGUGGGUUUCCCCUCCAGUUUUAGGGUGCAAUGAUUUUGUGUGUCUGCACUUAAGCUGCCAGUUAUCUCACUGGUGAUCUGCUGGCAGCAGGUCGGGCAGUGAGGUCACAAGUGUGUGUGGCUGUUACAUGAGCAAACACAGUAUAUCCCAUAGCUGUUAGCAUAUGUCUGUUUGUUACGACUCUACCUCUGUUAUUGCUCCGUGUUACACACGCCUUGGGUCUCAGAGGCACUUUUGUGUGGCAAAUGUUCCUGUACUGAAGCCUUUCAUUUUCCUACAGUGUGCAAGGGAGUCUCUCCUUGCCUUGGUAAGGGGAUUACAGCAGCACUGUUCUCUUUCUGCUGUCAGUACCUGGCCUUUCUCUUCCCUGUGGAGUUUGUGGUUGCUGCUGUAAAAGUAGGUAUAUUUUCUUCUGUCCUCUUCUGGUGUAAAAUGCAUCAAGUUUCCUGUCCAGUGCUGUGCAUUACUUGGAGAAUUGUAUCCGUGUCUCUACGUGCUGCAAGGUAGCUGCUGACUUGGCUUUCUUCCUCCAGAGGCCCCGUUGCACAGAUGGGAGAGUAGCAGAAUGUGUAAUCCUAUCCCAUCUGAGUCGUUUCUACAGACCACCAGACCUGCUGUGGCACGUUAGCUCUCCUUCCAGCACUGUGAUGGAUGAGGCAAGGGUUGGCCAGUCCUCCUGCCAACUGCCCAGGACACUGCUGUAGCACAAAUGAGAAGAUACAGACAGAAGAGGAAAUAGUAUUUUCACCUAUGGAAACUGAACAGCACGGAGUUCAUUGCAGGGAUGAUGUGAUCCCCGCCGUUCAGUCACUGCUGCAGUGGUGGUGGAUCAAGGACUGUGAUACUCAGACGAAGCCAGAAUGUGAACCUGAAAGUUUUCUAGGGUACUUUCUGGAAAAGCAAUGACCAAACUCAUCCAUUCACUGUAAAAUUGGUUUGAAUGUUUGAGAAUGACCAAGAAUGACCAGGAGUGGAGGGGCUGCUAAAUUAAAUUGUUUCUUGCAGUGCUGGAUAGUGGUUGAUGCAAUGGCUGUGAAUAUAUCUGUGUGAUUAUGAAGAAAAAGAUAACAAAAAUUAUCUGUAGACUGCCUUCUUGCUAUAUUCCAGUGAUUGUGACCUUGCUGAAGGCCCGGUAAAGUAGCUGACAAUGCAGAGCACAUAGAAAUUCCUACCUACCUUUAGUCCUUACCUCACAUGACCAGACAGAUCCACCUGACAGGCGUUUUUGUUUGAUCCUGCUUCUCUCAGCACUGUGGAGAAGGGAGAAGAAAGGAUUUUUUAUCUUUUAUCGAAGAAUCAGGAGGUAGCAUGAUUCUGAAUGAAGCAGUCCUUUAUAGAGCCUAUGCCAGCAGUGUUUUACCCUGAAUGAGUGCUCUGCUCUUAGACACUCCUUGAAUUGCUGCGCACUUCAGAUCAGUUGCUGAAGGAGGGGUAAGUUGCAUGUCUUUUAGUUGGAGAUACCUGCUUACAAAUACCUAAAGAAAGAGCAGAAAGGUGAAUAGGGUGUAGCACUAGUUUAUGAAAUGCUUCUUUCCAGAUGCGCCAGUGGCUGCAAAGUCACAGCUCAGUUCCUGGUCUUCUCACUGAGAUAUUUUUUGUGGUGGAGUUUGAUAAGCAGCAGUGAACUUCUUUGUAUGUUUUUAUUAUCUGCUGAAGCAUCUUUCUGAGAUGCUUUUGCAGGAGGAGGAAGGGCAGGAAGAAAUGGAGACUCUUGAUUGUUUCCUUUUAUUUCUGUUCCGUGCCUGGGCCUGGAAGAGCAAUCUUGUACAUUGCUCUGCUCACUUAUCUUAGGAUAAGGAGGCAAGAUUUGCAUUACUGAGCAUUACACUGUUGAGAAAAGGCUGAAAUGUGAUGGUCACACUCACUCACUGUUCAGACACUUUCAAAAAUCCUCAUCAGAUGAGAUAUAAUGGCAAGGCUGUGUAGCUAUGGGCGUGCUUUCAAGGUGAGAAGGCAGCAGUAUUGCAUUGUUUCCUUUUCAGCCUUGCAGAUGGUUUAGGUUUUCACCGUAUGGGAGGCUAGGGCAGCCCAUGAGCAUUUUGCCUGGGAGUUGUGUGCCUGCUUUAUGGAAGUGUUAACAUGCCUAAAAGAUGCAGGCAGGUUGUAAAGCCGCUUGUCACCUUGCUGGUAGAACCAUAAUGUUUUGCAGGAGCACGGACCAAACAUAUUCUCUAACCCUAGUGUACAGAGGCAGAAAAUGAGGGAGGAUGUCUAGAGAAAAUGCCAUGGCAACAGCUUCUUUGGGUCGACUUUUUCACUCCAGUUUUUACUUCUUCACAUAGUUUUGCAAACCACUCACACAUUAGUGCCUUUUGGGAGAAAGUAGCUGGAUAGAGGUGGAAGGCACGUGCUCCUCUGGGGAGGCAUAACAAACAACUCAGUGCACAGUGUAACUAGAGUGCACAGUUAAAGCUAAGCCUCUGCAGAUAUAUCUGUUACAAGUUUCAUUAUAGCUGCCUUCUGUAUUUGAUCUGUUGACUGUUGUGCCCUUGAUUGACACUGUCCUACAUCCUUCCUGUGGAUAGUCAGCCAGUGAAGCCUUACCCAGGCCAACAGUUGUAGCCCUCCUUCUGUGCUCCCAGCCUUGGGAGUGUGAGUUGGAAAAGCACUCUUUCCAUGGGCUGUCAGGUUCUGAUAGGAUUCCUUUGUAGGUCCUGUUGGUUAGCUCAAGCUAUGCUGAGGGUGGGGGCUUCAGCCUUGGUUAGUUCCCAUUCUUUAUUUAUGAUUUGAAGUACAGUAAUCAUGAUGCUCUAUCAGUGUGCUGAACUUUGUGCAUAGGGGUGGUCCUUUUGACCUCACAUCUAAGGACCAUACGGGUCUCCAAAUCCAACCUGUGUGGAGUUCAAAGUAUUCCCCUAACAGUGAAUACCUCAAGUCCCUGAGCCCUGUGGAUCAAAGGAUGGUUCCCACACUCUUAUAGCAAACAAGCUUAAAGUUCAACAAGCACUUGGGUGUCUGCACGAUCAAACCUUGGAAGUGCAGGAGGCUUUUUGCUGGACUACCCACCCAUCUGUCAUCUUAACUGAGGGACUGUGCCUCCUGCCAAGGUUUCAGCCUUAAACCUGAGUGGACGACCUUUUUGAGGGACUGAAGAGAGUCCAGUGCUUUAGAACAACUCACGUAACAUUAAGCUGUAAGUGUGAAGGCUGCUGCUGGAGUAGUCCUUGUGGACAUUUGUUGCUAGGCAACAAAAACCCAGCUUUGCCUAGAUGAAAUGGUUUGGUACACAGAAUAUCUGCAAUUUCCAUUGUAAUGAAUCUCAAAUUAGAUUUAUGAUGUCCUGCAGGGCCGCAGCACAUAUCCUCUGGCUGUCCCUGUCCCUUUAAACCCAGUAAACAAUAGUCUUCCAGUAUGAAAUCUGAGUAAUAAUAUGCAUAUAUUAUGUCUUCACACUAUGUAAGUGACAUUUAUUUUUGCCUUAAUUCAGACUUUACCAUUUCCUCCUUUGUAGCAAUGCAUUUUUUUGUAAAAGUAUUGUUUUCCAUGCAGUCUGGGAGGCGUGCUCAGAUAACAUGAAUAACAAGUGAGACAUGGGAAACUGAACAGUUCUGCAGUGUGCAUCUCCUCCACUGAGGAAUGCCUGUUGUAUUUGUGCAUAAUGUAUGAAGUGUGCAUUGUGUGGCCUUGCUGUAAGUAUUGGGUGGGAUGAGAUUUGGAAAAUGGUUAAAGAACUGAAGCAGAUCUGGAAUAAGCAAAGAUAUGCAAGAGUCUUUUUCUUGUGGGUUUUCUUCUUUGUUCUAUAGGGACUUAUGAGAGCAGGAGAUGCUGGUAGCUGGCAUAAUACCCAAAUGUAACUUCCUGUCGUUUGGGUGUUGUGCAAAUGGCAGAAUGAAAUCUACCAGGUUGCAGUGUUUGUUGCUUUUUUUCCCUUUCCCUUCCCUUAUUCAAAUAAAGCACUUUUUACACCAAAACCAGCCUUUGAGGCGCAGCACCUCUUUAGCCCAUUAAAGAAGGGGGUCUAGGAACCUGCCCAGGACAAAGCAGAGGUGACAGCCAAGAGUGUUGCUUCAAGGAACACUAUUCAGUGCUCCUUUCUUUUGCCCAGGGUAGAAUGAUUGUGCACAGCAGUAAGAUUUGAUCCAAGAGCAGAUAGGAGAUAUCUGUGGUGGGUCUGUGUGUAGCUAAAUAAAGAUGUUCCAGUGCAAGA